AUGCCUCCCAAACGUCAAGACGAAAGCCAACCGCUCAUGCCUGCCAACAGGGUCACUAGGUCUUCUACUCGACAAGCUGCGAGCCUGGCAGCCUCAGCUUCUGCCACCACUUCUGCCCCCGGCGCCGACUCCUCUCCUGCUGCACCUGCCACGCUCCAGAAUCCCACUCCCUCGACCUCGAAGCAGUCUCCGCCCAGCAAGAAGCGCAAGGCUGGGCCGCAGCCCAACAGCCCAUCCCAAGCCGCCUCCUCUAUAACCACUGCCACUGCGACGGCGAACCCAAAAGCAGCCUCGACGUCCCGUCGCUCCAAACGUCAAAAGACCUCCGACGACGCCUCAACUCCGUCCCAAACGACCGCCACUCAAACACCUGUCCCUCGCGCCAAGGCGAAGGGCAAGACCCCUGCCAGCAUGUCUAGUCCAGAUCAUACCCCAGGCGCCUCCGAGCAUGUUGCACCCGUACUCCGCACCUGGCACGUCGACUUCAACCCGCCGAACGAAGAGGAACACGGCCAACAAUGCCGCAGACCACGAUACUGCUAUGACCGGCACCGACGACGCCGACAACAAGGAUGCUAUCCUCCCACCUCCACCACCACCUCCCGAGCACCACCCGAGGACGACGACAGCGAUGAGAACGAUGAGAAUGACGAGGACGAUCUCGGACGCUACGACGACGAGGAUGACGAUCCCUUUGGCGGUUUCGGUGGCCCCGGUGGCCCUGGCGGACUGUCCAGUACCCUUAGGGCCUUGACUGGCAUGAUGUCUGGGCUCUCGAGCCGCCUGAGAGAACUGCUGGCCCAACUCAGGCAGAAGGAAGAUCCCACGAUGCAGCUCAUCGCAUUGCAGGAGCUCUCGGAGAUUCUGCUUGUGUCCAACGAAGACAACCUUUCUGGCCAUUUUUCUCCAGAUUCCUUCGUCAAGGAACUCGUGACGCUGAUGCAGCCUAAUGAGAUUACCGGGGAAGAGAACCCAGAGAUCAUGCUUCUUGCGUGCCGUAGCUUGGCCAAUCUGAUGGAAGCGCUACCCGCGAGUGUCGCCAACGUCGUGUACGGCGGUGCGGUGCCCGUGCUUUGUCAGAAGCUACUGGAGAUUUCCUUCAUCGACCUUGCCGAGCAGGCACUCAGCACUCUCGAGAAGAUUUCCGCCGAAUAUCCUUCAAGCAUCGUCCGAGAGGGCGGCCUAACGGCGUGUUUGUCUUACCUCGAUUUCUUCGCCACAAGCACGCAACGUACAGCUGUCACCACAGCGGCGAACUGCUGUCGCAAUAUCCCCGAGGAUUCAUUCUCCGUCAUCAAGGACGUCAUGCCGACCCUGCUCAACGUGCUUAACAGCAGUGACCAGCGCGUCGUUGAGCAGGCGUCACUCUGUGUUUCGGGAAUCGUCGAGAGCUUCAAGUACCAAUCUUCAAAGCUGGAGGAACUCGUCAGUGUCGACCUCCUCAAGGUUGUUCUACGUCUACUGGUCCCCGGCACCACGAAUCUGAUCGGUCCAUCAAUCCACACCCAGUUUCUUCGGGUGCUGGCCUUCACUGCGCGUUCAAGUCCUCGUUUGUCGGCAGAGCUCUUCAAGCUGAACAUUGUCGAAACGUUGUAUCAAAUCUUGACCGGCGUGUCACCCCCGAGUGGGACCGAGGAUGUUGCCUCAAAACUUGACAGCGUUGUCAUCAUGCAGGCUCUCAUCCAUCGGCCUCGUGAACAGAUUAUCGAAACCCUCAACGUCAUAUGUGAGUUGCUUCCGAGUCUGCCUCGCAACGCGGACCCGUCUUACGGAGACUUUGUUGAAAUGUCUGCUACGGAGCCGGCACCCCCAUCUUCCAGCACACCAGGCAAGACUCGCAAGACGCCCAACGACAAGAGAAUUGAGCUGUUGGGCGAGUGCCAGGAACAGGUCAGGAGAUUUGCCCUGAUUCUCUUCCCCACCCUAACCGACGCCUACUCAAGCACUGUCAACCUGAGUGUGCGGCAGAAGGUGCUUACCGCCCAACUGAAGAUGCUCUCCAACCUCGACGAGAAAAUUCUUGGAGAGUCGCUGAGAACUGUGCCUUAUGCCUCAUUCCUUGCCUCAAUUCUCUCUCAGCAGGACCACCCGUCUCUGGUGAUGCUUGGCCUCCAGGCUACUGAGCUUCUUCUUAACCGUCUUGAUGAUGUUUACCGUUAUCAGAUGUACCGCGAGGGAGUCAUCUCUGAAAUCGCCAAGCUCGCGGCUCAGGAGAUUCCUCAGCCCGAGGCUCGUUCAGAAUCGGCUACGCGUACCCCGGAACCCGCUGAACCUGAAAUUGAGAACGACGCUGAAGGUCGUGCUUCGGACAAUGAUGGAUCUGACGAGGAGAAGGAUGACGCAGAGGAAGACGACCAAGACGGCUCGGAAAAUGACGAAGACGAUGAAGACGAGGACGACGAGGAUAAUGAGAACAACCGACACCAAGACGAUGGUUCUGGCUCGCCUGUUAGCUCCAGGGGAUCUACCAUGUCCCUGGACGGCGCUCCACCAACUUACCUCGGGGACGGCCAAUCGAUGCGAACUCGCAUCCGAGACGUGGCCAAGAAGUUCAUCGAGACCCAUGACACGGAGAAGCAAGGCAAGACAAUGAAAAAGAAGGCGAUCAAGGUCUUGGCCAACCUCUCCAGUCUUGCUGAAGAGAUUGAGGCUUUCUACCUCCACAGAACCUCCGGCGUCGCGCCUCUCGAUAAGGGCACCGAACUGUUUGAGAGGCUGGUUUCCUACUUUGACGCGGAGGUUCUUGAAAGCGUCACAAGCGCCGAGCUACUUGCCUCCGGCCUGGUGCGCGUGCUUCUGGCCGUCUUCAGCAAUCCCAACGAGGAGCUUGCCCGCGCAGCUCAAUCGACUUUCCUUCGCGUCUUCAUGGGCUUCACGGUUAAGGCCAAACUCAAGACGGCAACGGCGGAUUCGCCUGCAACGCCUUUCAGCGUCAUGAUCCACAAGCUACAAGAUUUGCUCAGUAGGUCUGAGCAUUUCGAGGUCAUUACUGUCCACCACAACACCUUCGACCAUCGCAGCAGUGCAGCGUCCAUGCUCGCCAAGCAGAUCAGACUCAGGCUGGUCGCUGACGAUGACUCGGAGAUUCCACGUCCCUACCGAAACAUUAUGGUGUCUAUACACGCGAUCGCGACAUUCAAAUCACUCGAUGAUUACUUGCGCCCUCGACUCAGUCUAUCGGAGCGUGGACCCCGUGCAUCACGCCGAGCCGACGGCCUCUCCCGAGCUCUUGCUGCCAUGGCAGGCGCUGGAGCUCUUCCUGGUGGUCUCUCGCCAUUCACACAGGCCGCUGCCGCUCGAUUUGCAGCUGAGCGUGCUGCGGCAGCCUCGAGCUCCGGUCCCCCACCUCCUGCUCCCGGAGCCUCGACGCCUUCGGCGACACCGUCGAGCUCGCGGGCCUCGCGCAAGACCAGAUCAAAGACUUUGCCGCAGUCUGACGCUCCCUCAACUCCUGAUCCGACUGCCGCCGCCCGGGACAAGGGCGUGCUGAGACGAUCUGCGCGUCGCUCUGGCGCAAAUGAAACGCCGCAGCCCACCAAGCCCACAGACGACGAUGACGAUCUGCAGGACGCUCUCGAAUGCGCCGACGAGAAGCAACUGACCGACGAUGACGACAUUGGUGGCAGCAGUGCUCUGGAUGCUAUUGUCGGCGAGCUGGAAGAUGACAUGGACGAUUCUCCAAUGGACGACCCCGGCGCUGUCAACCUCGAAGUGGCUGCAGGAGGCAAGGUGACGGCUCGCGAAGAGGAUGGCACUCGCAUUCCCACGCCCGCUCAAACAAGCUCAGGUCUCCCAACUCGUGCCAGCGGUCAGUCAGCCCUUGCCUCGCAGCAGAGCACAACUCCAUCGGCGGCAUCCCGCCUCAUGUCGUAUGCUGCAGCAAUCCAGUCAGUGCCUCAAGACUGGCACAUCGAGUUUAGCCUCGACGGCAAGGCGCUUCCCAGCGAGACAACGAUUUACCGCGCGGUCCACAUGUCAGCUUCCAACUCGGACGAGCAUCUCAGCCGCAGCAUCUGGUCUGCGGUGCAUCCCAUCAAGUUCCGCCGCGCCCCCGGACCUCCACCGCCUGAAAGUGCGUCCAUUUUGCGCCUGUUCAACCUCCUCCACGACUUGAAUUCUAACGUGGAUGAUGUCUUGGUGGAGAACAAGGACACCGUCCGCCUCAACGUCGAGCCCCUGUCACAGUUCGUGAACACCAAACUCACCGCCAAGCUCAACCGUCAACUUGAGGAGCCGCUGGUUGUUGCAAGUAACUGCCUGCCAAGCUGGGCCGAAGACCUGGCCACCCUGUACCCUUUCCUUUUCCCAUUUGAGACGCGGCACCUGUUCUUACAGUCCACGUCAUUCGGUUACGCACGUUCUAUGACGCGCUGGCAGAAUGCACAGUCCGUUGAGGAGUCGCGGCGGGACCGUAACGAGCGCCCGUUCCUUGGCCGUCUGCAACGCCAGAAGGUGCGUAUCUCGCGAUCCAAGAUCUUGGAGUCUGCCUUGAAGGUCAUGGAGCUCUACGGUGCUUCUCAGAGCAUUCUCGAAGUGGAAUAUUUUGAAGAGGUCGGCACAGGUCUCGGACCGACACUGGAGUUCUAUUCGACGGUGUCCAAAGAGUUCUCAAAGAAGAAACUUAAGCUUUGGCGAGAGAUGGACUCGCACGACGAUGAGUAUGUUUCUGGUGUCAGCGGUCUCUUCCCUCGCCCUCUGAGUGCCGACGAAGCUGCUUCUGCCAAUGGCGAGCGGAUCUGCCAGCUUUUCAAGACUCUCGGCAAAUUCGUCGCCCGAUCCAUGAUUGACUCUCGCAUCAUCGAUCUCAACUUCAACCCCACCUUCUUCCGAAUUACUGAUGGAGCUUCGAUUUCUGGCAUCAAGCCCUCGCUAGGAGCUGUCAAGGUUGUCGAUCCUGGCCUGGCGAGAUCUCUGAAAACCAUCAAGAAAUUCUCUAUCGCUAAGAAGGAGAUCGAUGAGGACCCUACGCGCACGCCGGCACAGAAGGUUGCCGACACUGAAGCUAUCGUGAUUGACGACGUGAGACUGGAGGACCUCUGCCUCGACUUUACAUUACCCGGUUACCCCGAGAUUGAGCUGGUCGCGAACGGAUCUCAUGUUAGAGUCACCAUGGACAACGUUGACUCGUACCUCGAUCGAGUUAUCGACAUGACACUGGGCAGCGGAGUCCGCCGCCAAGUCGAUGCCUUCCGUGCUGGCUUCUCUCAAGUCUUCCCCUAUUCGGCUCUGAGUGCAUUCACUCCGGAUGAGCUGGUCUCGCUGUUUGGCCGUGUCGACGAGGACUGGUCCCUUGAAACACUCAUGGAUUCGAUCAAGGCUGAUCACGGCUACAACAUGACAGCAAGAGUGUUCGCAAUCUGCUGCAGGCCAUGAGCGAGCUGACCCCCAACGAGCGUCGCGACUUCUUGCAAUUUACCACGGGCAGCCCCAAGCUUCCGAUUGGAGGUUUCAAGAGCUUGACGCCUAUGUUCACUGUCGUCUGCAAACCGAGUGAGGCACCGUUCACGUCUGAUGACUACCUUCCCAGUGUCAUGACUUGCGUAAACUACCUCAAGCUCCCCGAUUACACAGAUCUCGAUAUCAUGCGCAAGCAGCUGACGAUGGCUAUCCGGGAGGGACAGGGCGCCUUCCACCUGUCUUGAGAGGCAGCAUAUGUGCUUGCCAAAGGAAGGAAAAUUAUAACGGAUCACGCAUCAACGAACUCUUCUCUCUGCCCGGUUGGGUUCUGGGAGAUUCGCGGGAUGAUGUCUGCGAAUGAAUUGGUGGAGUAGGGCAACAUGAACAAAGGAUAUCAUUUGGGGCAAAGGGCGCGGAGGGAUCCCACGAGAAACAGUCCCCUCAUAUCAUUAGUCAUGACUUGCAUGGAAUGGUCGUUCAGGCGUCAAGAGGCUCUUCUUCUAUUUCUUGCGCCUGCUUUUCUCGGCCCAGGCUCAGCAUUAUGCCAGCCACAGAACAGGCUAUUAGGGAUUAACGUCUGUGGAUUGAGUAGUUGUAGAAUGGUACAAUUAGUAUGUA